AUGUUGAAAUUCCAGGCGACUGACCUUUACAUUGUUUGGAAUGUGGAAAUUUUAUUAUUUUGGGAAAUGCCAUUGCGACGAGCUCGAAUGACACCUGAGCAGUUGAUGACCGCGCGAAUAAUGAUGUCAUCUCCCUGCAACUUAAAAAAGGUUGUGUUGGCCACCCCUGAGAUCAAUUCCGUCACUCCAUCACUUCUCAACGGUAUCAAGAUUAUCAUGCCAAAAUUAAGCAACAGCCCAUCGAUCGAUACACCUGUUAUUAUCAAAUGA